AUGUCAUCCCAAGAAGGACAGAAGUCGCUAGACCAGGACCACCCCAACUCCUGGGGAAAUGUGGAACGCAAGUUCAGCAAUAAAACUGCAAGCGAGUACUUUGAUCCUUGCCAGGAUUUUGCAGACCGUAGUCUCAAAUGUAUGAAGCGGAAUGCUUUCGACCGCGAGAUGUGUCAUGAUUAUUUCCAAGCUUAUCGCGACUGUAAAAAGCAGUGGUUGACGCAAAAGAAGCUUGCUGGGUCUCCGGCCGCAAAGCAAUAA